GGGGGAGAAGAGUUGUGUAUCAGCUACGGAACAGGACCUCUUGGAGAGAUCAAGUGUUUGUGUGAGACUGCCGCGUGUAGAGGCUUCUUACCUCUGGAGUCAUUCUAGCCUAGUGUAGAGGCUUCUUACCUCUGCAGUCAUUCUAGCCGUAUAAGAAGAGUAUUGGGAAGAAAUUAAUCGUAUCCUCAGAUUUCCAGGAGCAAACAAAGCUUUGUCCUUAUCAAUAUAAUAUUAAAAUGUGUUGAAGCAACCGAAUGAAUAAUGAAUCUAUUAGCUUCUUUUUGCUUCUAUGCCAUAUUUUUUGGUUAACUAAUUUAAAGAAUGUAUCUUGUGCUGUAGAAUAUAAACUUGAUAUUUGGGUGCUAUUUACUGUGUUUUACUGACUCCUACACAAUUGUUCGUCCUCGCUUAAAAUAUCUUUAUCUAAUCUUUACACAAUCUGUUUCAAUAGAUAUGGAUGGGGAGUUAUACGAUGAGUUUGGUAACUACAUAGGACCUGAGAUAGAUUCUGAGAGUGAUGAGAGCAGUGUGGAAGAGGAGAACCAGGACCAGGAGGAGGAACUAGAGGAAGAAGAGGAACAGAGUCAGGCCAUAGUGCUGCAUGAGGAUAAGCAGUAUUACCCCUCCGCUCUGCAAGUCUAUGGAGAAGAGGUAGAAACAAUGGUGCAAGAGGAGGACACCCAGCCGCUCACCCAGCCCAUAAUAGAGCCUAUCAAGGAGAAGAAGUUUGUACAUUUCGAACAGGACCUCCCAGAAACAACAUACAGUAUAGAGUAUCUAGCCGAUCUGAUGGACGUGCCGGAGUUGAUUAGGAAUGUGGCGUUUGUUGGACAGCUACAUCACGGCAAAACCCUCUUCACUGACAUGCUCCUGGAACAAACUCACCCCAACAUUAAACCUCCUCCCGCUAAAGAUCUCCGCUACACGGACACACUACACACGGAGCAAGAGCGUGGUGUCAGCACCAAGUCCUCACCGCUCACUUUGGCGCUCCCUGACGGCAGAAACAAGACAUUCCUUGUUAACCUCCUCGAUACUCCCGGUCACGUUAACUUUAGCGACGAGGUGGUUGCAGGAAUACAGAUGUGUGAUGGAAUAGUACUCUUUGUGGACGCGGCUGAGGGUGUCAUGCUCAACACUGAGAGAAUACUUAAACACGCUCUACAGCAGAAGAUGGCUAUCACUGUAGUUAUUAACAAGAUAGACAGGUUAAUAAUGGAGUUGAAGAUCCCACCAGCAGACUGUUACCUAAAAUUGAGACAGCUGGUAGACGAGCUCAACGCGCUAGUCACCAUGUUCGGUAGCGACCUUGUUCUCUCCCCGCUCCUGGGAAAUAUUUGUUUCGCUUCCGCUCGAUAUAGGUUCUGUUUCACACUCCGCUCCUUUGCGGAUCUGUAUGCGGCUCAUUACGGAGGAUUCCCUGCUGCUCAGCUUGCAGCUAGACUGUGGGGCGAUAUCUACUUCAACCAAGAAAAGAGAACUUUCUCCAAAAAAGGAGCUCCAGGCGCAGACAGAACAUUUGUAGAGUUUAUUUUAGAGCCCCUCUAUAAACUGAUAGCUCAGACUGUUGGGGAUGUGGACACUUCUCUAGCUGACACUUUAUCAAACCUGGACAUAUUCAUCAGUAAAACGGAACUGAAAGACAAUAUUCCGUCCCUUUUGCGGAACGUUUGCAGAAAGUUCUUUGGUCUAGCAACAGGUUUUGUGGACAUGAUCACGGAACACAUUCCAUCGCCGGCAGCUAACGGACUAAACAAGGCCAACACGCUGUACACUGGUGACAGGAAGUCUCCGGUGGUAGAGGACAUGAUCCAGUGUAACCCUGAGGGACCCCUUCUCUGCCAGGUCACCAAGAUGUAUCCUUCUCAGGAUGCCACAGUCUUCCACGCUCUGACCAGGGUUUACAGUGGCACUCUGUACUCAGGCCAGGAGGUGAGAGUGUUGGGUGAGAGCUUCACGUUAGAAGACGAGGAAGACAGCAGAGUGCACACGGUCUCCCGGCUCUGGAUACACAAUUCUAGGUACCAAGUAGAGAUAAACCAAGCCUCAGCUGGAUCGUGGGUAUUAGUGGAGGGUAUCGCUAGCAGCAUCAGUAAAACUGCCACCCUAGUGAGCCCUGAAGCACAGGGAGUCUACAUCCUCCGUCCUCUCAAGUUCAACACUAAAGCUGUGAUAAAGAUAGCUGUGGAACCCGUCAACCCAUCUGAGCUACCAAAAAUGCUGGAGGGUCUGAGGAAAGCGAACAAAAGUUAUCCGCUACUGCAAACUAAAGUGGAGGAGUCCGGCGAACAUGUGGUCCUGGGAACAGGAGAACUUUACAUGGAUUGUGUGAUGCACGACCUGCGCUCCCUCUACAGUGAGAUUGAGAUAAAGGUGUCGGACCCCGUGGUGUCGUUUUGCGAGACUGUGGUGGAGACGUCAUCACUGAAAUGUUUUGCUGAGACUCCCAACAGACGCAACAAGAUCACCAUGAUCAGUGAGCCUUUGGAGAAGGGCCUGGCAGAAGAUAUUGAAGGUGGUGUGGUUAAGAUGGGAUGGAGUAAGAAGCGUAUCGGAGAGUUCUUCCAGACGAAGUACGAGUGGGACGUAUUAGCAGCUAGAAGUAUCUGGGCCUUCGGUCCUGACGCUCGAGGACCUAACAUUCUAGUGGAUGAUACGCUUCCUUCAGAGGUAGACAAGUCGCUGUUGGGAACGGUCAAGGACUCAAUAGUACAAGGUUUCCAGUGGGGCAGCAGAGAGGGACCCCUUUGUGACGAGCCCAUCAGAAACGUAAAGUUCAAGAUGCUGGACGCUGUGGUGGCCCCGGAGAUGCAGCACAGAGGAGGUGGUCAGAUCAUCCCAACUGCUCGGAGAGUUGCGUACAGUGCUCUGCUCAUGGCUACUCCCCGUCUCAUGGAACCGUACAACUUCGUAGAGGUAGUUGCACCAGGAGACUGCGUCUCAGCAGUGUACACUGUGUUGGGAAGAAGGCGUGGUCACGUGACUCAGGACGCCCCUCUCGCUGGAAUGCCGCUCUACAUCGUUAAAGCCUUUAUCCCUGCUAUUGAUAGUUUCGGAUUCGAAACUGAUCUCCGGACACACACCCAGGGACAGGCGUUCGCCCUGUCAGUAUUUCACCAUUGGCAAAUCGUACCCGGGGAUCCUCUUGACAGGAGCAUCGUGAUCAGACCCUUGGAGCCCCAGCCCGCUCCACAUCUCGCUCGGGAAUUCAUGUUGAAAACUAGGAGGAGAAAAGGACUGAGUGAAGAUGUGAACAUUAACAAGUUCUUCGACGAUCCUAUGUUGUUGGAGUUAGCUCGACAAGAUGUAAUGUUCGAUUAUCCUAUGUAGGCACAGCAACCAGACUUUUCUGAUCGCCAUGGUUACCUGGAUACUAUUAUAUGAUGAUAUCAUUUAAAUAUGUGAAGCUUUUAAGUCCAGGACCUUGCUUUUCUUCAGACGUAGAACUUCAGAACUGGGCCUAGAGUCCCUCACGCUCAGUCAAUCAGUGCUCACCCUCUGUCAGCUAUAUAUUAGCUGAUGUAGCUUUAUACAGCAAAUAGAGGCUCUCUGCGUAAAGCUAAUUAAUUAUUAAUAAUAAAUACGCUUUAUUAUUUAUAAAAUAAUUUUAUCGGCUCUGCGAGACACCCAUAUAAAUUCAUUGGUGUGAUCAAGAGAUCUUUUUAUUAGGAUAUAUUUUCUAUUUUUAUAGAAUAUCCACUAUCCAGGUUUUAAUUGGAAGGGUUUCCUAAACUGGCCUCUAUUUCUAGAACAGCCACGUGACCAUUUGACUGCUAAAUGUUAAGUUACAUAUUUUAUUGUGCCUAUAAAUUCAUUUUAUUGUCCUGAUGAAUUUUAUUUAUUUUUAAAUCAA